AUGAAGCCUCGACCGAUCCCCACCACCGCGCUGCGGCGCUUCGUUCAAGGAAAUUCUUGGGUCGGGAAUGGAUUCACAAGAAGGGCCCGCGGGGUUUGCACAUUGUGUCAGCAGCAGUGCCAUGGGAGAGGUCUAAGGCCUGAGAUUACGAUUCGAUCGAGCGCUGCUUUGGCUGGUUCCAAUUCGCCACCCUCGCGGCGAGUGUUCUCUGUCCUGCCUGCUACCUUCGUAGCGGGGCAAAGGAGGGCAUUGGCUACUGCACAAAAUGUCAACCGACAGGAUCAUGGUCCUAUGCAGGAGUACGAAAAGCGCGUUGAGUCUGGCCGAUUGAGAGAUGAUGAGCACCAGAGAGGUAUAAUACAGAGUCUGCAACAUCUCCACGACGAGUUGAAAAAUUACACUGCGCCGGCCAUCAUCCACCCCUCUCUCGAAUCCCUCAAAGCCGAGUCCUCGUCGGUGUUCGGGCGCCUCUUUGGCAAAACUACCCCCAAGGAAAAGAAGCUACAGGACAUACCGGAUAGCCUACCUCGAGGCUUGUAUCUGUAUGGCGAUGUGGGCAGCGGGAAGACUAUGUUGAUGGACCUAUUCUACGAAACCCUGCCCAGCAGUGUGACAUCGAAAACACGGAUACAUUUCCACAAUUUCAUGCAGGAUGUCCAUAGGAGAUUGCAUAAGAUGAAGAUGCAGCACGGGAAUGAUGUCGACGGUGUGCCGUUUAUUGCUGCAGAUAUUGCAGAGCAAGGGAAUGUUCUGUGCUUUGAUGAAUUUCAAUGUACGGAUGUGGCGGAUGCAAUGAUUUUGAGGCGACUCCUCGAGGCCCUCAUGUCCCACGGUGUUGUCCUAGUUACGACCUCCAAUCGCCACCCAGAUGACCUCUACCUCAACGGGAUCCAACGCGAAUCCUUCAUUCCCUGCAUCCACCUCCUCAAGAACCGCCUCCACGUUAUAAACCUCGACUCCCCAACCGACUACCGCAAGAUUCCUCGUCCACCCUCUGGCGUAUACCAUGCCCCACUGGACUCGCACGCGUCUAGCCAUGCCGAGAAAUGGUUCCGUUUCUUGGGUGACCCAGAGCAGGAUAAACCCCGCUCAGAAACUCAGCAUGUGUGGGGUCGAGAAAUACAUGUCCCCAUGGUUAGUGGUAGGGCGGCCAUGUUCACAUUUGACGAAUUAAUCGGACGGCCGACAAGCGCAGCUGAUUAUAUCGAGCUGAUGCGAAGCUACGACGCCUUUAUCGUGACGAACGUACCUGGCAUGACUCACCAGCAACGAGACCUUGCGCGCAGAUUCAUAACCUUCAUAGAUGCUGUGUACGAAUCGCGCGCAAAAUUAGUUCUCACGACUGCCGUCCCGCUCACGCAGCUCUUCCUCUCGAAAGACGAGAUCAAGCAGAGCAUCAAGGAUGAUAGCGAGGAUCGGAAGCAACAGGAGGAGGUUGGCGAGGAUAUUGAUGAUACGAUGCGGACUAUGAUGGAUGAUUUAGGAAUGAAUAUGCAAAUGUUGAAGAGUAGCUCGAUUUUUAGUGGGGAUGAGGAGAGGUUUGCUUUUGCGAGGGCGCUGAGUCGGUUGAGUGAGAUGGGGAGUAGGGAAUGGAUUGAGCGGGGGAUGGGGUUGGAGAAGGACGGUGGGAAGGUGGAGAAGGAUAACUGGCAGAAGACGAGGAGUAAGCAGUUGGAGGAUACUAUGUGA